GCUAUAGCCAUUUGAACGCAGAAUUGACACCGAGACGAGAAAGUUGGAGCUGUUGCUGUUUCUUCACUUAAGAAGAUGCAAUGUGUAACUUGUUCUGCUCCUGUAAAUAUUGCUGUAAUUAAAUAUUGGGGAAAGAGAGAUGAGACACUGAUACUCCCAGCCAACUCAUCAGUCAGUGUAACUCUUCAUCAGGAUCAGCUUCAAGCACAGACCAGUGUUGCAGCCAGUUGUCAUUUUGAGAAGGACAGGAUAUGGCUCAAUGGACAAGAACAGUCUAUUGACAACCCAAGGAUCCAGAAUGUCAUCAAGGAGAUCAAAAGAAGAGCAAGGAAACAAAAGGCAGGUAACCGGGACAAUGCUGCUGAGAAAUUGAACUGGAAAAUCCAUAUCUGUUCCAAGAAUAACUUCCCUACAGCAGCAGGACUAGCCUCAUCAGCAGCGGGAUAUGCCUGUCUGGUGUAUGCCCUCCAGUGUCUUUAUCAGAUAGAUGGGGACAUCACUGCAAUCGCAAGGCGUGGAUCUGGGAGUGCCUGUCGGAGUGUACAUGGAGGGUUUGUUAUGUGGGACAAGGGACAGAAACACGAUGGUACAGACUCAAUAGCUAGACAGAUACAGCCACAUACACACUGGUCAGAUCUACGGGUACUUAUACUGGUGGUGAAUGAGCAGAAGAAACACACGGGGAGCACAGAAGGGAUGCAGGUUACCAUGGAAACCAGUGAGUUACUGAAGGAGAGAAUCCAGAGUCUUCCUAACAAGACAGAACAGAUAACUCAGGCAAUCUGUGACAGAGAUUUCAAAACAUUUGCAGAAAUAACAAUGAAGGACAGUAACCAGAUGCAUGCCUGUUGUCUGGACACCUACCCACCAAUCUCCUACCUAACUGACGUAUCCAGGAGGAUCAUUCAGCUGGUCCACUGUUUUAACAGGAAAUAUCAGGAAGUCAAGGUUGGGUACACUUUUGAUGCUGGUCCAAAUGCGUGUCUGUUCCUCCUAAAGAAAGAUGUCCAAAAGUUUCUUCAUCUUGUGAAACACUUUUUCCCUCCAACGAGAGAAGACAAAGAUUUCAUUCGAGGAAACACUGCAGAGUUAAUGGAGACUGAAUCAGAUGACAGUGAAGAAGAUCUGAGUUACUUCCCCUUUGAUCCAAUGGAUGACAGUUUGAAAUAUAUUAUAUACACAAUGCCAGGCCCCGGCCCUCAGGAACUACCUUCUGAUCAAAGUCUCCUGGAUGAGGAUGGCUUGCCAAGGAAACGGUCUUGACAUUCAUUAUUUUCAUAAUUUUUGUUAGCAUAAGAUAUUUUUAAUAAAACAUAGUUUAAUUGUC